AGAUGGGAAAAAUUGUGAGGUUCGACCAUGGCAUUGGGCAAGGGCGGGCUGGUGCGGUGCGGGGGGCCUGUCGUUGUCUCGCUCGCUCGCAGCAGUUCAUUCACCCGGAGCACGGAAGAGCAGCGCUGUGGAGCGCGGGCGCAGGUAACGCCGCAGCGGACGCUGUGCACGGAUAGCCGCGCAGGAAGGACGUCUCCGACCAUGAACCGAGCUAUAUUUUAUCAGUUAUCCGGAGGUGUCGGUGCGCCACGCAGUGUCGCAGAACGCUCCAACAUGACCCUCUAAUCGCGAUAUCAUUAGUGUUACGUUUGCAUUUAUCUAGACUGAAAGCAACUUAGAUCUCAACAUAAGACUUAUUUUUACUAUUUUGCCUUAAUUUUAAGUGACCUUUUAAGUGACGUGUGGAUUUAAAUUUAAGUGCUGUGAAAAACUAAGAUUUUCCACUAGGAUUUCACGAUUUGGAUUUUUCUUCGAAUUUUCAUCGAUUUUUUUUUCUACUCAAUGGUACUCUUCCUCAAUACACUAAGAAAAUAAUGAAAGUUGAACAUUGAACAUUUUCAAAAGAUUAAUCAAAAUGAGACUCGCAAAUAGCGAAGAAGUACCAAGUACAACAGUGGUGGGCCGCAGCAACAACGCGAAUAGCCCUGAAAGACUCGGCCGGCUUACAGCAGUACCAGACUCAGGAGCCUACGAUGUAACACGCAUGCGUGAGGAAGAAUUUGAAAGGCUAACUGUGUACAUAGUCCCCGACGUACCAUGCGAAAGGGGAACAUUAAACAGAGCUGAAAAAACACUCCCGCGCAGUCUGACUUUACGACCAUCUGCAGUGCUAUCGACGCCAAAUACACCGACUGAAGGAGUAUGGAGCAUUGGUGUCAUACCACGGGGAACGCGCUUCGGGCCGUUUGAGGGAACUAGAACCCCAAAUAAACCUAACGACAAAAUUUCUUGGCGUUAUUACUGGAGAGUACAGGAAACUGUCAGACAUCAUACAUACGGAAAUAUUAAGAUAUUCAUAGAUAGUGAUUAUUAUUACCUGGAUGGGUCGGAUACAAGCGUCGCCAAUUGGAUGCGAUACGUCGCUUCCGCGUAUUCGCUCUCAGUAAUGAACCUCGUUGCUUGUCAGCACCAAGAACACAUAUAUUUCUACACUGUCAGGGACAUCAUGCCCAAUGAAGAGCUAAUGGUGUGGUAUUGUAAAGAUUUUGCAACGAGAUUAGGAUAUGACAUCGAUCCAGAAAGAGCUACAUACUCUAUAUGUAAAGAAGAAACUAUUAAGAAAGCAUACGGCCUGCCACCUGCGCCCGUACAUCCCGAAAUCGCUUUUAAUCAUAUGAAAUACGUACUUGGCUUGACCAAUGCUAAAGAACUACUAGAAACUGAAAUACCAAGUCGCAGGCGAAAACGUGAAAAUAGUGAUAAACAUGACAAUCAAAACGUUCUUAUCAGAGAAGAUCCACGUUGCAUUGCUAAAAAUGAGAGAACGAUAGUUCGGACUGACAUUUCUACAAAUAUAGUCCACAAUAGUGACACACCUAUUAUUAACGAACAGUCUGCAUCUGGAAGUCUACUUCCAGUUAAAAUGGCCCAUAGAGAAAACCCAACGCUAAUAAUACACCAGCAUAAAGAAAGCACUUCUCAAUUGGUAAUACACCAACUAGAAAACCCGAGACUUCAAAGUAACCGAUCACCCAUUCAAAGUCACCUACGUGAUGUUAGAGUUUCAUCACCUCUGACACACCAUCACGAUAAACCUGGAAACAAGUCACCUAUGUUGACUCACUGUGGUGGACCAUCAUACGAACAUCAACUAACUCCCAAUGAUGGAUCGGUGCGGUCUGACGAAGGCUAUCAUAGCAACGGAUACCAUGAUGAAUUCACACCACCGGAAGAUUCAAGUGAUUCCGAUGUUGAAAACUACGUUCUCGACUGUUCCAAUAAGACGAAUGAACCAAAAGAGACCGUCAUAGUACAAAAAAUGGAACAAGACAUGCAUCGUAAUGAAUACAGAAAAGUGAAAAUAAAAAUGCCAAGAGCAUAUCAAUAUCAAAACCAUAAAGACAUGGACUGUGAAAGUGAAACUGGGUUGGUUAUUGCUGAAGAUGUUCCAGACAAUAUGCCACAAAACUUGUCACCACCGAGAAGAGAUCCAGCGACUUCGACUGUUAUCGUAUUGGAGUCUUCACAAAAUACUGUUGUGCCCAUUAACAAGCCUUAUUAUGAAGAUGGUCCGCUUUCUCCUUCUCCACAACCAGCUUUUAUGAGGUAUUCGCCCCCUGAUACACGUAUUCUAGAAACUAUACUCACAGGAAACAGAAUAGACACCAAUAACAAUGACCCCACUCGUCGUCAACCCAAUGCAACCCCGCCACCUUCUUCGCCAACGGAAAUGGCCUACUCAUACAAGAAAAGCCAAAGAUAUGGUAACGCAUGCAGUCCCGACUCAAGCUCUAAUUUAACGCCCUUGCCAUCCUUACUGCCACUGCCUCAACAAUUACCUACUCCAAAUGCUGUUCCAGUUUACUCUGCAUCACCGCCUCACUCGAUACCCCACACAACGGAAAUACGUGAAAUCAGAGAAAUCAGAGAAAUUCGGGAAACUCGUUACGAGAGUCAUUAUCCCAAUUAUUCUUACAAUUUGUAUUCCCCGCCGAAUUCGACUAUCAUAACUCAGCUAGGAUCACCGCCGAAUACGUAUUCACCUACGGUCACGUCAACACAUCAGUACGAUAGAUCACAAAAUGGACAGAGUAAUCAUCACUAUCCGUCAUCAUCAACAAGUGUCAUUACACUUAAGAAUUGCUCACAAUUAAGUUUGAUUCAAAAUGGAAAUGUCGGAGGACAAGUACUUCCGCCGCAUGGGAGCGUGAGUCCCGAUGGUAGCUGUGGACUCAUGAUGUCACCGAUUAGUCCUAAUUCUCAAGCGUCUCGGGGGUACAGGAGCUUACCUUAUCCUCUAAAAAAGAAGGACGGAAAAAUGCAUUAUGAAUGUAACGUUUGUUGUAAGACUUUUGGUCAAUUGUCGAAUCUCAAAGUCCAUUUAAGGACACAUUCCGGAGAAAGACCGUUCAAAUGCAAUGUAUGUAAUAAAUCGUUUACUCAACUAGCUCAUUUACAAAAACAUCACUUAGUGCAUACUGGAGAAAAGCCACAUCAAUGUGAUAUUUGCAAGAAACGUUUUUCUUCUACAUCGAAUUUAAAAACACAUUUACGUCUCCAUUCAGGACAAAAACCUUAUGCUUGUGAUUUAUGUAUGCAAAAGUUUACACAAUUCGUUCAUUUGAAACUACACAAAAGACUUCACACUAACGAUCGUCCGUACGUCUGCCAAGGUUGUGACAAAAAAUAUAUAAGCGCAUCUGGUUUGCGAACACAUUGGAAAACAACGAGCUGUAAACCAAAUAAUAUUGAAGAAGUAUUGGCCAUCACAAACGCAGCUAACACUGAAUGCAUCGGUAACGUCGACAAAGACUGUCACGAAAGAGAGGGGCACGAUGCUUACGAGGUGCACUCUCCAUCACAAGGAGGGCUGGUGGGAGCCGGUGGGGCGCGUGUCGCAAUGUCACACAGUGAAGCCAUGCUGGGAGGGCACGCGCACACUACCAGACCGCACUUAGCGUCAGGACACGGACAAUUGUCGCCAGCCCACGGAACUCAAUACCGUCCCUUAGCACCUCCACCACCCCCUGAUCAUGAUCAACAGCAGCCGCAUUAUAAUUCAGCCGGAACCGAGCCCAGGCCUAGCGUUAUAGAAUCCAGCCAGCCACUCAUCAUAGAAUGCACCUGAGCUUGGAAACAGGAUCGCCGCCGCCAAAUCUAGCGUCGGAUAUGUGAUUCCCCGCCGCAGUGUGUGAUUCCAGUGUGAUCAAACAUAAGUAUUGUGUGAAACAUUAGUCGGGUAUUUUCACUCGGUUUUCCAAUGGCUAUGAGAUUAUGAAAUGAACUGUAAGUUGUAAAUUUGUAUAGUUGCUAGUAGUAAGCGCGAUGCGAUUAAAGUACUAAGUACUUGUAAAAAGGUUGAUCCCAUUUAAGGACAGAGUGUAUAAUUUUAGAAUGUAGAUACUAUGUCUUUGUGUAAAACAUUUUAAAAUAUGGUCGAUGUAUCGGCAGCCUUUUGUUUAAUUCUACUUAAUGCUCAAUUUUAUAUGUUUUUUUUUAUAAUCAAAUGUCUAUUGUAAAUAUUUUAGUGACAUCUUUUUUUUCUAUGUACAACAUUUGUAUUGAAAUAUAUAUAUAUUGGGCCCAUGCUUGUAACCAUGUUGGAAAACAAGUAGUAUCUGUCAGGGGCUUGUUUAAAUUUACCGAUUUAUCUCCUGGGUCAUCAUUAAUUUGUGUACAAAAACAUUUAUUCACCAAAGAACGGAAGAGCCGCACAAUUUAAUCCAAUUAGACUUCCUAAAACGUUGCUCUCGUGUCUUCGCAAUCAUAAAAAAAACAUUUCAAAAGAAAAUCAAAAUUAGUGUUAAGUGCCAAAAGCACGUUUAUAAUGUUUUAGGUUAUUUCAUAAAACUUUCGAUAGUAUUUAAAUUGUUGUUCCUAAUUAAUAAUCGGAUUGUAAGCGCAUGACAUAUGCAUCGACUUAAUUCUAAUAUUAAUUAUUAUACAUAAAUCGAGGAAAGUGUACAUUAUCCCUACGCUAGAACAAAUGGUGCUUCACAUAGUGGAUGAGUAGUCAUGUAUGUUAAAUGCUCCAGAGCCUUCGGGCACUAGCAGACUACUAAAUACUAUUAUUAUAGGGACAUUUAUCGGCAUAUUGACUAUUUUUACGGAUGCAAAGUUUAUCCACAAAAAUCACAAAUGAUUCAGAUCUACAUUUUUCAGAUGAGAUUUGUGUUACGAAGUGUUGAUAAACUGAAAUUAUACUUAAAUGCCUGUCAAUGUGCUGGUAAGAUUUUUCACCAAGUUUAUUUGUAUACUAUUGUAUAUUUCCAAGUUAUUAUGAUUCUCCUAUUCGAAAAGGCUGAGAUAAUUAAAAUUGUAAUGUGAAGUUUGGCGAACGUUAGAUAUAGUUUUGGAUUGCAUUGUUUUAAGCAUUGUUAUUAAAAUGCAAAUGCAAAAUAAUGUGAAUCAAAUAGAAGCUUUUGUAUAUUUCUAUUGUUUAUAGUAUUUUACACGGGAUCCCUUGUAGAUAUAAUGGCAAGAAUUUGUAUUUAACACAUUUUUACAGGGCGCCAAUUUUGCAACACAUCACAUGAAAUAGUUUUACUCUAUUACUUGAAUAUUUCUACUUAACACGUUCUAUAUAACUAACUAUACUUCGAAAUCAAUAUGUCUAAAUGACAUACACUAAUUCAACAAAGGACGCACUAUGAUUGCAUUUGCAACUGUAAACUUUACUCGUAUUUCUCAAAUAAAACAAGAAAAAUGCACUGGAAUUGCGUGCUUGUUUCUGUUAAAUAGAUUUUGCUUCGUAAAGCUAAAAGUUUAUCUGAAAUAAGAAACAUCCACGUGAUUCUGCAUUAUUGUGUAUUUUAAAUACGUGUAGCCAUAAUUUUUUAAAUUAAGGUCUAAUCUUCCAAUCUAAGAUUAGCUAGUACCUGGUGUUGUGUUCAAUACAAUAAAAAUUCGUCAAUAUACUUUUAACUUACAGCCAUUUAUUUUCAUUCAAACUUAUAAAAUAAGCAGGGUUUUCUAUUACGCGUUGUAUACUUUAGGUCAUAACUCGAGGAAGUUUUCUGUAGCCAUUCUUUCUAAUAAUUACUAUAAUUAAUUAAAACAUACAUUUCCUCAAGUAGCUUUUUCAUGUGAAUUUCUUCACGGUUUUUUAUCUACAGAUUAGAUUUUAUUAAUUGUUAUUAUUCCAUAAAUAUGUCUAUUUUCCGUUCUGUGGAAUUACUUUAAUAGUAUUUCGAUCAAUACUAUCGCUUAAUGAAAUGGGAAUAGGAUACAUUUGUUGGGUCUUAUAUUGUGUAGAAUCUAUUUUUGUAUUAACUUUCAUAAAUACGUAGAAAUGUUUGAAAUUUAACCAUUCUAAAGUUAAAAGUUUUAUCUUAACUCGACAAUUUACUGCAAACGAUCAUGUAAUGAUGUUAAUGAUAAAUGUUGAUGUCGAAUGUAAGUUAAAAAGUUCUAUUGUUUGAAAUACCGUAAAAAGCAGACAGGUACUGAGCUAAACUCCGUUGUAAAUAAUUAUGCAAAAGAAUACAGAAUUUGACAAUUUUAAAUGUAGUCCUAAAGUAAUAAAGUAAAAUUUUAUUGGUUAUAUUAUAUUCUGACCCUCACGAAAAAUAUAGAACUUAAUUAUUAUUAUCGUCAAUACAUUAAUCAAGGUACACGAAAUUAAACAAUAAUAAUAUCAGUAAAUAUUUAAUUCAGCUAAUGUUUGUACCUAUUGCAUACACAUUCGUCUAUAUUUAAAUAAAAUAUAUUGCGUAUAAUAAAUACUACAUUGUAAUAAUCAUCUAUACAUGUACCUAUUGUAAAGGCAAAUAAUUUUGUACACCUUGAACGAUUCUUUUUCAACACCAAAUCCAUUACAAACAAAAUUUGAAAAUUGAAA